UUUGGUUCCAGGUCCUUUGGGUUCAACAGCAGCACGAGAAAACUCGACGAAAACGAGAUUUUGGCGAUCACCCAUCGAUAUCACCAUUUAGCCAGUACAUCAGCGAAGUCGCACCCUCUACUGCCGAGGUAUUCCACGGCCAACCUAGGUACAGGGCAGUACCCUCUGUUUCGUUUCCCGAUCCACUUUUUAGGGAGCAGUGGUAUUUGAACGGCGGUGCCAAAGAUGGACUGGACAUGAACGUGGCGCCCGCCUGGCAAAAGGGCUACACCGGAAAAGGGGUUGUGGUCUCCAUCCUGGACGACGGUAUCCAGACGAACCAUCCAGACUUGGCACAGAAUUACGACCCCCUGGCUAGUACAGACAUCAAUGGGAACGAUGACGAUCCAAUGCCUCAGGAUAAUGGAGAUAACAAGCACGGAACAAGAUGUGCAGGGGAAGUAGCUGCAGUGGCCUAUAAUCAAUUUUGCGGUAUUGGGGUCGCUUACAAUGCCAGUAUUGGAGGUGUACGUAUGUUAGACGGCGUAGUCAACGAUGCAGUAGAAGCCAGAGCACUGGGUCUCAACCCGGAGCAUAUAGACAUCUACAGCGCUUCCUGGGGUCCAGAAGACGACGGAAAAACAGUCGACGGUCCUGGACCAUUAGCGAGAAGAGCUUUCAUUUACGGAGUCACCAGCGGAAGAAAAGGAAAAGGUUCUAUCUUUGUAUGGGCAUCUGGAAACGGUGGAAGACAUACGGACUCUUGUAAUUGCGAUGGUUACACCAAUAGUAUUUUUACUUUGAGCAUAUCCAGUGCUACACAAGGAGGUUAUAAACCUUGGUAUCUCGAAGAAUGUUCAUCAACUUUAGCAACGACUUACAGUUCUGGUACACCUGGACACGAUAAAAGUGUAGCUACAGUAGAUAUGGAUGCUCGAUUAAGACCUGAUCAUAUUUGUACUGUUGAACACACCGGAACCUCAGCGUCAGCACCACUAGCCGCUGGUAUCUGCGCGCUAGCAUUAGAGACCAACCCUACACUCACAUGGAGAGAUAUGCAAUACCUCGUAGUUUUGACUUCACGAUCCGGACCUCUGGAAAAAGAAGCAGGAUGGAUAGUAAACGGUGUGAGAAGAAAAGUAUCGCACAAAUUUGGUUACGGCCUGAUGGACGCUGGAGCUUUAGUUACACUAGCUGAAAAAUGGACAACGGUACCGCCUCAACAUAUUUGUAAGAGCCAAGAAGUCAUCGAAGAUAGGCCUAUCAAUCCGGCGUAUGGUACAACUCUAGAUUUUAACAUGGAUGUAGAUGCCUGCGGUGGCACCCUAAACGAUGUCCGAUUUCUGGAACACGUCCAAUGCAAAAUCUCCCUCAGAUUCUUCCCGAGAGGUAACUUACGAAUCCUUCUUACUUCUCCUAUGGGUACUACGAGUACGCUUCUCUUCGAACGUCCUAGAGAUGUAGUAAGUUCCAAUUUUGACGACUGGCCAUUUUUGAGCGUUCAUUUCUGGGGUGAAAAGGCCGAAGGAAGAUGGAAAUUGCAGAUUAUUAAUUCAGGAAACAGGCACGUCAACCAACCAGGAGUGUUGAAGAAGUGGCAACUUAUAUUCUAUGGUACCUCUGUCAAUCCUGUACGUCUGCGCCCCACCAACGGAGCCCGUUCGACCCCCUGGAAAUCUCCUUUAAAUACAUUCACUUUUCCCACCCCCUCGCAACCCGUCACCCAAGUCUCUGACAACUUUUUUGAAGAGGACAUAUUCAAGAACUUUCAAAACUUCCCCAACGUUUAUAGCUUUUCUGGAUCUGAUCCGGAGGCUGUAAUCAGUUCCCUGGACGGGAAAAAUACUAAAGUAAGGGAUAACCAAGGAAAUGGCAUAGAUAACGACGAAGAAACCAAAGAAAACUGCGACGACCAAUGCGACGAGCAAGGAUGCUUUGGACGGAGUAGUACUAAGUGUGUAGCUUGCAGAAAUAAGAGAAUGGACAAGACAUGCGUGUCAGACUGCCCACCCAGGAGUUACUCAGACUCCCAAAAUGUUUGUCAACCAUGUCAUGAAGCCUGCGAAACGUGUACAGGUCCGGAUCAGAAGAGUUGUUUGACGUGCGCUCCAGGUCACGUGAAAGUUGUAGAUUUGGAUAUAUGUUUACAACAAUGUCCAGAAGGAUACUAUGAAAAUUUCGCUGAUAAAACUUGUAUACCAUGCCAACCAAACUGUGCUGGAUGUCAAGACAGACCUGACCAUUGUACUAGCUGCGAUCACCAUUUGCUGUUAUACCAAAACAAAUGUUUGGCCUCUUGUCCGCUAAGCACUUACGAAACCGACGACUACGGUUGUUCCUCAUGCCAUGAAUCCUGCGAGACCUGCACCGGUUCCAACAGUUCCCAGUGCAUAUCCUGCUCGUACGGACGGUACUGGCACGAAGGACGAUGCAUUAAAGAAUGCCCCGCCCAUCAUUAUGCGGAUUUCCUACAGAAAGAGUGUAUAGAAUGUCCUCCGGGAUGUAGCGAAUGUAACAAGACAACGUGUAUAAGUUGCUUGGACGAUUGGAAGGUCAACAGCAAGGGACGCUGCGUGUCACAGAAUAGUGACAAGUGUGAUGUUGAUCAAUACUACGACAGCAGCCUCUGCAAGCCGUGCCAUUCGACCUGCGAUUCCUGCGACGGUCCCACGGAAAAAGCCUGUUUAUCCUGCGCUAGUCCGUUGAUCCUGCAGGGCACUAAAUGUGUCGGCAAAUGUGAUAAAGGAUUCUACAACGAAAAAGACAUUCAAGUCUGCGAACCAUGUCUACACGCAUGCGCCAGAUGCGUCGCUAAAACGAAUUGUACCGAAUGCAAGAUCGGAUUACAGCUUCAAAGUGGAGAAUGUCGAACGACCUGCGCACUGGGAUACUACAGCGAUAAAGGCAUUUGCCUAAGAUGUUAUAUGAGCUGCAAAACUUGCAGCGGUCCGGGCCCAGAUCAAUGUGUUAGUUGUCCUAAUGGCUGGCAAUUGUUGUCCGGCGAGUGUCGACCAGAUUGUCCUGAAGGUUAUUAUAAAACGGAAUACGGCUGUCAGAGAUGUCAUUAUUCUUGUCGGAAUUGUCCAGGAUGCAAGAUGCAAGAAGGCAAAAGGAAAAUCAACGUGGAAGCUCUUCUAUUAUCCGCCCAACCUGUGUCUACUCUACAAAUAGUUAAUCCAUUCAAUUUUAUCACUGGAAUAGCAAUAAUAGCGUGUCUUUGUGUUAUCAUUCUCUUUAUCACCAUAUUUAUAAUAUUACAGAAGACUAGCUUCCAAAACCAACAACGAGGCUACAGUAAAGUGUCAAUAAAGAAACCGAAAGUAACGUGCAACUACAACGUAGUGUCGGUGAGCGACGGCGACUCCAGCGAUUCUGACAGUUCCGAGGGGCAAAAGCUCAUAGCCCCACCCAAACAACCCGAACGGACUGCUUGUUGAGACAUACAAAAUAUAUAUAAACAAAAAUAAAACCAAGAUCGAACAAAGAUUUAGAUCUGUUCGCCGAAUUCGAAUUUAGCUUCUUUUAAAAAACUUGGUUUAAAUUUGAGAAAAACUGACUUAUAAAAUGCGUAAUUGACCUAUCUAGGCAUUACUGUCAAACUUAAGUGACUUGACAGUUGUGAUUAAGACAAGUGACACAUGACGGUAGUGAUGGAAUACGUCAAUGGUUCAAAAGUAACUAGAUAAAAUAUGAUUAUAUAAUUUUACAGUAAAUAAUAGAGGAAAUAAAACGUUGAAAUAAAUACAAAGGGUGGUCCAGAUUUAAUUUUCCUAUAGAGGUAGUUCGUAAACCGGUUGGAGAAUGGGACAAAAGUUAUGUAUUUUAGAGACGAGUUUAGUGACACUAAUAAAUUUAAAUUAACAGGGCUGGUUUAAGAUAUAUUUGGGAAAAAAUUAAUUCUGUCGUUUGUAGGGACAUACUUAAAUUCCUAAUAUUUUUUCAAUGCGAAAUACACUGCUAUGAUGACUUUAGUUUUCAUAAUUUUUGAUCCUUUGGAAUCAAACAUUUUUACUUUCAUGACAAUACUAACAGUAUUUGGAAAGUUUGAGUGCUAAACAUUUUUUGGUUAAACAUAUCUUUACGAAAAAAAAAAUGUUUUUGUCUUUCAUAAAUAAUUGAUGUUUAAUCAUAAAUUGUUUUGGCAAUCAUAAAAAUUUAAAUCUUUACCAAUAACCGUUUUAUUGCAGAUCCGUAUCAAGCAUUAUAACAAAAACUAUCAAUACGUUAGUAGUUCCAAAACAAAAAGAUCUACUUAUAAGUGAGUCAUGUCGCAUCUCAUUCGGCUAUCAAACUAUUUUAUCGUGGGAAAUAUCGUAGGUAAUUUUCAAAUUUUCUUACACCAUCCGAUAAAUUAAAAUUUUAAAAACGCAUUUAUUUUCAAUUAAUAAUAAUAAUAAUAUUCUGACGCGAAAAUUUUACGGAUUUUUUAAUUUGCCCCUAUCCCUGUCAUAAAAACCAUGACAUGUGAUACAUCAGUCAACGCGCCUCAUCGUUGAGCCGGAUAAUUCUUCCUAAGGUCUUUUUGCUCUAUCUCCUCUUUUAAGCAAAGUUUUUCCUUAAAAGCGUUCACGCAAAAUUUUCCCUAAUUUUUCUGGAAAAUGUGUUGAGGGAGCGGGAAAAUUUCAGUACCAGAUUAUGAGGAACGUCGAGUAGUACAAGCAAAUUUUAUUUUUUUUUUUUGAAAAUUCAUCGGAAAAGUCGGAAAAUAGUUGGAAAACCACUUUACCGAAAAUAUAUUUAAAAUUUUCCUAGGAGAUUUUAAAAAGACAUUUACCCUAAUUUUUUUAUAAAUUUCCGAAAAAAGUGAACAUUUUCGCGGUUUUUUAUUUCUUUCCUCUCCCUGUCAUAUAAACCUUGACAUGUGAUGUCGCGCCUCGUCGAACCAGAUCAUUUUUCUUGAAUUUUUGGCUCUAUCUCUUUUAACCAACGUUUUCCCCGAAAAAGCGUUCGGCCCAAAUUUUCCCCUAAUUUUUUGGGUAAUGCGUUUGAGUUAUCGAGAAAAGUUUGAUAACAUCGUGAAGAAUGUCGAGUAGUAUACUCGAAUUUUUGUUUUUUUUUUAAUCUCGUCGGAAAAGUCGGAAAAUCCGGAAAAUAUUUUUUUUCGAUUUUCAUCAAACGAAAGGAAAUUUCUCGAAAGGGAAAAAUCCGCUGUCGAAAAAAAGUUGGUACAGCCGAAAAAUUGGUGGAAAACCGGUUUCCCGGCAAAAAAUUUAAGCGAAUUUCGUAUCAGACGGACAACACCUAUUUAGGAUUUUUUUAUUUAUUAAUAAUAGAAAAACACAAAAUGGUAGAUUCCUGUUUUUCUUUUCUUUUAAACCAGUAAUGUUAUUCUGAAUUCAAUAUACCAUCAUAAUACCCAACAUUUUCCCUAAACGGUUAAAUACCAUUCCAACAUCCAAAUGGUUUUUUUACGAAAUCCUCGUAUUGUUAAAUCAAAUCCAGACCACCCUGCAAAUUUUAUACAGACAAGAUUUAUAAGUUCAGUUUCAAUAACCUAUAGAUUAAUUAAUAGAGAUUGUAAAGUUUAAACCCACCCUAAACCAAGUUGAUUAAAUAUAGUUGAAUAACAGUUUGGUGAAAUGCAUUUUUUAGAGUAAACAAUUUUUUAAGAUAUAAUGUAAAUAUUGAACAAACAAAAAAAUACCAACAUACUGUCUUCAUUGCGUCUGUAUCGUGCAAGAUGAGAUUUUAUAUUAUUCACGAAGUUUGGGUUUAGUUAAGAGGAAAACAGUAGGCGCUGGGAUAGUUAAACAGGAUAUGUCAAAAACUGCUUCCCUCCAAAAUUUAUGGUAGAUACAAUAAAUGCAAAAAAUAUGAUAAAAAUGGGCUUAAAAAUGUAACUAAUAGAAGAAUUUCAACUGUAAAUAUUGACCGUUUCUUGACAUUUGACGUUUAUAAAAAUUGUCAAACGUCAACUGUCUUUCUGUCAGAAGAUGUAUGAUUUAGUGAAAUGGUGUAUAUUUUGUUUUAAACAUAAUUUAACGGUUUUCCUAUUUUUUACAUUUUGUAGGUCUUGACGUUUGAUAUUUCAAAGCCAAGUAUUAUAAAAUAUUUUGUUAAGGGUCCAUUAUUCCUUUUUCUUUUUUAUUCUUACUUUUUGACAUUUGACAUUUGAUAUUUUUCUAAAGGUGGGCAUAAUUUCAUCAACAGAUUGCAACUCAAAAAAUUCGUCUGUGAUACCUACUUCAAUAUGGAUUAUCUUCAUCAUGUAGAAUAUUUUUACUUUAAUUAUGAAUAUUAUAUAUACCAAAUGAAAUGUUAAAUUUUUGACCUAUCCUGUACUAUAAUACAAUUUUUUUACUGCCAUUCCGUUAUAUUUUACAAUUUUAUAGAUCUAUAUAUAGGUAUAUAUAAGGUGUGAUAUUUUUUAUUAAUAAUAGGAUUUUAAUAAAUAAUAUUUAGACGAAAUUUUACAUAAUUUUAAUAAGUAUAUUAUUUUACAUAAAAUAAAAUUUAAAACCAUGACAGACCCUUGUUGGGGGGUUUCUUGCAUUUAAUUUUUGUACAUUUUAUUUUUAUGACCUAUUUUGUGAUGAAUACUAAUUUAGUGAUAUUGAACAAUUUUCAGUUACCUUUAGCUCUCUAUUUUAUUUUAACGAACCUUGACGACGAAUCACCUUGUUGGUUUUUACAACCUUCUAUAUUGCGUUCAUAGUAUAUCGUCUAGAUCGCUCUGAAUAUCAAAUUCUAGCGCUCAAGUUACUUCCUCUUGACUCGACAGUUACCUUAACUUAAAAAUAAGUGUAUGUGUAUAAUUUUUGUAAAUAUCAGUGGGUACCAAUCUUACAAAAAAUACAAUUUGUACCAAAAAUUUAUUAAUGUUUUUUGAUAGGUACUUAAGUCACCGCGGUAUCGAUAUGAAUAAACCUUUUAAAAGAAAACAUUUGUUCAGGAAAUAUGUUUAGAAAAUAAAUUAUAAAAUUUGUAGAAAAAAACACGGGGCCAAUACUUCAAAAAAAUGUUGUAUUCCAUCAAAAAUGUAAAAAAAGUUGAACUAAAACCUAAUUUAUUCUUUUUAAGAUAUUUGUUAAUACAUUGUAAUUAUAAAAAUCAAAUAUGGCGGCCUAAAAUUGACUGAAAUUUAAAUCGUUUAAUUUUGCUUUUGACACGAAUUUCAUAAACAUUUUUAAAAAAUCUGCUUUGUUUGGGAUCCGAUACGAUGACCACUUUAAAAGCAUUGUCAAUUUCUUUAGUAACUUUUUGAUUUGUUUUAUAGACUCUAUCAUAAUGCUAGAUUUUUUUUAAUUAACUUUUGUCUGAUUACAAGCAACAAAUGGCUAUUCAUAGCUCUUCUGUCAACUUUUUCUGUACCUCAUAGUUUAAUAAAUUCAUCAGGCCUUACCCACGUUGGCCUAAUUUUUAUAAUUUUUGUUAGUUAUGGCUUUUCACAAGCAAUCAAUUCAGUUGUAAAUAUUUUCAGUCUCGUGUUUCUUGCUCUUUUCUUUAUGUCUUUGUCACAUCUACUGUCCUUAUGACAGAUAGUCCACCGCAAUUAGAUAAAAAAUUCCCUGAAAUGGGAAUUUUUAGUACAGCAUAGAAGGCCCAGGUAACAAUGAACGUUUUGAAUUCUUUUCACAAAAUUUUACUAUACACAGAGAUGAGAAUGAUUGGAAGAAGGUAUCAUAUAUACAUAUACAUUUUUCGACUGUUUUUUUCAAGUUUUUUGUAUUUUACUCAAAAACGAUGCAUUUUCAUGAAAAAUUUUACUCGACUUAUUUUGAAGAACAAACAAUUUUAUAUCGAUUAUGUCUCUAUAGAUUUUUUGCCAAACUUCAUAUCUUUGCUGCUAGAGCGCGCCAAAUAAAUAAAUGUAUAUAUUGUGUGGAUUUUCGUAUUUUACAUGAAAACCAGGCACUUUGGUUGAAAAUUUCAUUAAAGCAAAGGUGUAGAGCAGAAAGUUUCCUAUCCAACCUAUGAAACAGGUUUUCAAAAAACCCAUCGUUUCCGACGCUACUAUAACGCAUGCUAGAAAGUUGCUGUUCAAUUUUUCGUAUUCUUCGUAAAAAAAGAAAAUGAAUAUGUUUUGUUAAAUUCCACAAUCUAUAAUGUUGCAUCUACAUUUUUAACCAAGUAGACUUGACAAAAAUUAAAUGAUCAUUUAUUGAAAAACUUUUUGCGCAUGCGCUGUAGCGGCGGAAAUGAUGGGUUUCCGGAAAAUCUUUUUAAUAGGUGCGAUAGGAAAUUUUUCGUUCUAUAACUUUGUUCUAAUGAACUUUUUAACCAAAGUGCGUGGUUUUUAUGUAAAAUGCGUCAAACCGCAAAAUACGUACAUUUUUUUUGUGCCCUCUAGCGGCGAAAAAUGUAUAAGAAAAUAAUCGAUAAAAACUCGUUUUUUCUUCAUUAAAAUUUUUCACGAAAGCUCAUUGUUUUUGAGUAAAAUACAAAAAUAAAAACAAAAAAAAAAACGCGGAAAAAUUGUAUAUAUAUAUUACAUUCUUCCGAUCAUUUUCAUCUCCGCGUAUAGUGAAAGUUUGUCAAAAGACUUCAAAGCCUUCAUGGUUAUCUGGGUCUCUAUGCUGUACUAAAAUUGUAUGGUUAUAAACCUAGUUCCUGUAUACUAGUCUAUAUUUCUGUUCUCAUUCGUUAUGCUUUUUAUGCGUGGCUAACUUCAUCUCAUCAAGGCGUUACCUAUAUGUACUCUUCAGCCAAUAGCUUCAUUCAAGGCUUAAAUACCCAAGUUUUUGAGGUUAUGGCCGCGUUUGUGUAAUUUGGUCACAGUAUACGCCUCUCUCAAACUUUAACGUGAUACAUUUGAUAAUUAUUUUUCCUGAGAAUGUAAUCUAAGAUUUGUCGUACCGAUACUCACAUAGAGAAUGUAUCAAUGAAGACAGCUCAAUGUAAAAAAUAUAAAAAAUUAAAUUUUAAGAUGCGAAACUUAAGUGCUCUUGAAUAUUUCAUGUCGUAAUAAAUAUAGUUAUUUUUAAAUGUACACUUUGUAUAUAAUCAAAAAUAGGUAAUUGUUUCAAAGUUAUUUAUGAAAUUUUACCAUUUGUACAUCCCAAACAAAAAAAAAAUCGUAAAGUGUUGUGUCAUUUUGAGAUGAUAAUAUAGGUGGUCCAAAGAAGUGUGCCCCUCACUCCCCUCUUGGCUAGCGGCGAAUUUUCUCAUUUUUUUUUAUAGCAAACGGAAAGUAAAUAAAAAAUCUGAAAAAGGAAAAUUUUUAUUUAUUUCUCCGUUCAAUGAGAUGUGAAAAUUUGACCGUUGCGAAUUUUUAGCACUUUAAAGACAUAGGUAUAUGAGAGGGUGAGUCAAUAAUAAGGGAUAUUAUAAAUUGAUAUUUUUUUAUUGAAAUAAGCAUACAGAGUGGAUUAUAAAAUACUAAGGAAAUUGGAUUGUAGGCUAGUGAAUCAGGAAAAAAUAUUUGAAGCAAUAAUUUUUUUAAAAUUAUUAGGUUUUAAAUGUUUAACAAUACAAAAUAUUUUUCAAAAUAGAAUAUUUUGGUAACUUUUUAUAUAUUCAAAUUAAUUUUUUUUGGGCCAAUUACAUAUACUUUUUUGCCUGUACUCUAAUGAUUCGCAAUAGAAUUUACGCAAACACAUAUAAAAUAUUUUCUUAUUCACCCUGUAUGAAUUUAACCGCCGUAUAGGGGUAUUUCAUAUUUGACAUAUUUUUUAAAUUGGUAUGAUAAAUAUAAAUAACGAUUUUAAUUUAAUAUUUUAAAAUAUCUUCCAAAUAUUUGACUCACUCCAUAUAACUACUAUAGUUUUAUUAAGCAGACCACCCUUAAUUUUACCUUUAUACAUUAUAAAUCCUCUAGGAUACGCAAAUCAAAUUGAUAAGGUUUUAUUUAUACAGAACGUCUUGAUAUUUCAAAAUUCCUGAACUGCAAAAAAUUUAAAGUUUUCCAUCAAAACUGAAAAAUAUUGAAUUGGUUUCGAAAGAUAUUUUCCAGUUUGAUAUUCUUUUUUGUAAUUCAGAAAACGAAUUUCUCGAAAUCCAAAAUAUCGGGACGUGCUGUAUAUCGAUUCGAUUUUAAUGACAAAUGAAAAUCUAGUCUACCGUAAGUUUUUAAACUUAAGAGUAUCCUAGCCUAACCAAAAUAAAUUACUUUAUAUUUUAUACAGAAUUGAUUUUGAUUUUAUUUGAAACUUUUUGAAAUAAAUUGAUUUUAAAUGUGU